CCGAGGGAGCUCCGGCGGCGGCGGGGGAGGCGGGAGGCGGCGGCCGCCACGGACCCGCUCGGCGCCUCGGCCUCUCCGCCCCCUCCCCAGCCUUUCUUGCGCCCUCUGCGCUCCCGCUCCGGCCGGCGCCGCGGCUUUGUGCGCGGAGAUGGUGUAGCCCCCGCGCGCCCCGAGGAGGAGCCGCACGCUGUCUCCAGUCUCCGAGCUGCGUCCCCGCCCCCGGAGGACAGACCCCCCUCGGCUCGGCGUCUCCCGGCUGCUGGGGACACCUCGGCGGCGCCGGCACCAUGAGUGAACAGAGUAUCUGUCAGGCAAGAGCUGCCGUGAUGGUUUAUGAUGACGCCAAUAAGAAGUGGGUGCCAGCUGGGGGCUCAGCUGGGUUCAGCAGAGUUCAUAUAUAUCACCAUACAGGCAACAACACAUUCAGAGUGGUGGGCAGGAAGAUUCAGGACCAUCAGGUGGUGAUAAACUGUGCCAUUCCUAAGGGGUUGAAGUACAAUCAAGCGACACAGACCUUCCACCAAUGGCGAGAUGCUAGACAGGUGUAUGGUCUCAACUUUGGCAGCAAAGAAGAUGCCAAUGUCUUCGCAAGUGCCAUGAUGCAUGCCUUAGAAGUGUUGAAUUCCCAGGAAACAGGGCCAACAUUGCCUAGACAGAAUUCACAACUGCCUGCCCAAGUUCAAAAUGGCCCAUCACAAGAAGAAUUGGAAAUUCAAAGAAGGCAACUGCAAGAACAGCAGCGACAGAAGGAACUGGAGCGGGAAAGGCUGGAGAGAGAAAGAGCGGAGAGGGAGAGAUUGGAGAGGGAGAGGUUGGAGAGGGAGAGACUGGAGAGGGAGAGGUUGGAGAGGGAGAGACUGGAGAGGGAGCGCCUAGAACAGGAACAGCUGGAGAGAGAGAGACAAGAACGCGACCGGCAGGAUCGCCUGGAGAGGGAGCGGCAGGACCGGGAGCGGCUGGAGAGGCUGGACCGGGAGCGGCUGGAGAGGCUGGAGCGGGAGCGGCUGGAGAGAGAGCGACAGGAGCAGCUGGAGAGGGAGCAGCUGGAAUGGGAGCGGGAGCGGAGAGCAUCCAGCGCUGCUCCAUCUUCAGAGAGCUCCCUGUAUAAUGCUCCACUUCCUGAGUAUGCCAGUUGCCAGCUUCCUUCAGCACCUCCUCCAUCAUACGCUAAAGUCAUCUCAGCUCCAGUGUCCGGUGCCACUCCUGAUUACGCUGUAGUGACCGCUUUGCCACCUUCUUCCACACCCCCUACACCACCACUUCGACACCCAGCGACACGUUUUGCAACCUCUCUAGGUUCAGCCUUCCACCCUGUCCUGCCCCAUUACGCUACAGUUCCUCGUCCUCUGAACAAAAACUCUCGGCCUUCCUCUCCCGUGAACACGCCCUCUCCUCAGCCUCCGGCUGCGAAGCCCUGUGCCUGGUCUACUUCCAAUUUCUCGCCCCUCCCUCCGUCUCCUCCAGUAAUGAUUAGCAGCCCCCCGGGCAAAGCUACUGGUCCCAGGCCUGUCCUCCCUGUUUGUGUUUCUUCUCCUGUGCCCCAAAUGCCUCCAUCGCCAACAGCCCCCAACGGGCUGCUUGACUCUGUCACAUGUCCAGUGUCUCCACCGCCUACCUCAGGGCCAGCAGUGCCGCCUCCGCCGCCGCCUCCACUGCCUUCCCUCGCACCACCCUCACACUGUGGAUCUCAAGCCUCUCCUCCUCCGGGCACCCCUGUUGCCUCAACUCCCUCAUCCAAGCCCAGUGUUCUCCCUUCUCCCCCUGCAGCUGCCCCUGCCUCUGUGGAGACUCCUCUAAACUCUGUGCUGGGGGACUCCUCUGCUUCUGAGCCAGGCUUGCAGGCAGCCUCUCAGCCGGCCGAGACUCCAGCCCCACAGGGCAUUGUCUUGGGACCACCUGCACCUCCACCGCCCCCUCCCCUCCCACCAGGUCCUGCCCAGGCUUCAGCCACACUCCCUCCACCCCCAGGACCCCCUCCACCCCCUCCUCUUCCCUCCUCAGGGCCUCCGCCUCCGCCUCCUCUACCCCCCCUUCCUAACCAAGUGCCCCCUCCUCCUCCACCACCGCCCGCUCCUCCUCUCCCUGCAUCUGGAUUUUUUGCGGCAUCCAUGUCAGAAGACAAUCGCCCUUUAACUGGACUCGCAGCUGCCAUUGCUGGAGCAAAACUUAGGAAAGUGUCACGGAUGGAGGAUGCCUCUGCCCCAAGUGGAGGGAGUACCAUUGGUGUGAAUUCGGCCUCGUCUAAAACAGAUUCAGGUCGUGGAAAUGGACCCCUUCCUUUAGGGGGUAGUGGUUUAAUGGAAGAAAUGAGUGCCCUGCUGGCCAGGAGGAGAAGAAUUGCUGAAAAGGGAUCAACAAUAGACACAGAACAAAAAGAGGACAAAAAUGAAGAUUCAGAGCCUGUAACUUCUAAGGUGUCUUCAACAAGUACAGCUGAACCAACAAGAAAACCUUGGGAAAGAACAAAUACAAUGAAUGGCAGCAAGUCACCUGUUAUCUCCAGACGGGAUUCUCCAAGGAAAAAUCAGAUUGUUUUUGACCACAGGUCCUAUGAUUCAUUACACAGACCCAAAUCUGCACCCUCCUCACAGCCCAGUGCCAAUGGGGUCCAGACAGAGGGGCUGGACUAUGACAGGUUGAAGCAGGACAUUUUAGAUGAAAUGAGAAAAGAAUUAACAAAGCUAAAAGAAGAGCUCAUUGAUGCAAUCAGGCAGGAACUGAGCAAGUCAAAUACCGCGUAGAGCAGCAAACUAAGGAGAGAAGGGACUUGAAUCUGGAGAGAGAAAAAAAAAACCUGCAAACAACAACUGUUAACAACAACAAACCCCUACAUUUUGUGAGCUGUGAGAAGAAAAUGGAGACAAACAGUCGGAAAGAGGGAAAAACCAAUGUGUUUGAAAGCCUUCAGACAUUAUUACUCUGGUGAUAAGCUAUUUCCCUCCCAGUUUGCUGCUUUUUUCUGACCUUUACAGCAGGAUGGAAGAGAGUCGUAUAAGAGUUCCUAUAACAGUUAUGCAGAGAAUACUAAACCCGUCAGGCGAGAUCACCGUGCAUUCAAAUAUUUUCAUGUCAAGAAAAAAAUCGCACACUUCCCACAAUCCAUUGCUAAAAUAAAGAGGAGAAAGGCUUAAGAAGUUUUUUUCAGAGAGCGCUGAUGAAGAAUUUAGCAAGUUAUGCUAUUGUAUUGUAAAUGUUUCUCUCAGGUUUGUCUUCCUAUCGUAUUUGAUAUUCCAUGAAUAAUUGAGAUCAGCCCUGUGUAGGUUAAGAUCUUAAAAUGCGGAACAAAUGGAAUUGUAUGUGCUUUCCAAAGGGUGAUAUUUAUAAGAAAGUGUCCUAAAAAUGACUUAUCCAGCUUGAGGAAUUUUAGAGUGAUAGGAAGUCUCUCGUUAGCCUUCAUGCAAUUUUGUAGAUUAAAACAUAAAAUUCGUCCAGAAUUGAAAGAUUUAGAUGCCUUCCUAAAUUGUUACAAUGCUUUACCAAAUCUGUGACUCCUACAUAACACAAACCAGUGGUCAAAUGUAAAACAAUGUAUUGUAGAUUUACUGUAGGUUUUCAACCUUUUUUAGAUUUAUGCAUGUGGACAUUUUUAUAAUGUAAUUACAACCACCACAAAAUUAGCUUUUUUAAUUGCAGACAGUAAUGCAUGUCACACUAACACGUAGUGGCCUUCUCAAGGCCUAGUCCCAGGGAGAACAUUUUGUAGAGUAUAGGGGAGUGGGAGGAAGGGAAGGAAUAAUUUUUUAUUUAAAGUUAAUUUCUGCACUCUCUUUUUUCUCAAUUACCUGCAUGAAUAAUAACGAGGAAUAUUUUGUGACUUUAAUUGGUAAAUAUGUUAUCAGAACCAAGUACUGAAUCUUUUACAUCAUAUCUUCAGCUCUUUAUAUUUUAACUUCAGUAAUUUCAGUGGCCUGAAACAUGAUUCUGAGCUUCACACGAGUUCUCUCUUACUGUGGAACUCAAAAGUUCGAUCCCUGAAUUUGGCAGUUACCAUGACCUAGGUGCCCUGCAGUCCUACAGGCCUUCAGGUACACGUUCCUGACAAGGAAGCUGCUUUUGAACUUUGUUAUGUUCAAAUACGAGAAGUAACAAUGAUGGCAGCCGUUAAGGUCGCAGAAAUCAUUAGGUAAAGGGAAACCAAUGAUGAGUUCUUUGUAAUUUUCUUUUAAUAAAUAAAGUGAGAUGUAGGUGGUGGGAAGAAGGAAUUAGAUACUCUACUUACCACCGUGUCUGUGCGUGUGUGUGUGUGUGUGGGUGUGCACACGCAUGUGUGUAUGUAAUCCACUCCGUUUUCUUUGAAACUCGUAAGAUUAAAAUAGGGGAGAAAUCCUAUAUGUUGCAAUGAUAGAUUUUUAAACAAAUUUAGGAAAUCGGAAAUUCUCCGGGCUCUCCAUCUUGAUUUAUGCUUGAGUUAUGUGCCAUAUUUGCUUUGAAAUCUUUGAUUAUCAGUUUUACUAAAAUUUCAAAGACAUAAUCCAUUUUCAUCUGUUUUCUAGAUCUCUUACAUCUUAGUUCAUAACACAGAGCUUGUUGAUAGCAUGGUUUUCUAAAUGCUGCAGAUUUGCAGCCAUUUCCACUUCAAAGAGGUUUGAAUGAGGGAAUUUUUUUUUCCUUGUUAAAAUAGUUUCUGUUUCUGUAGAAACUUCAUUUUGAGAUUAAUCUGUGAUGGAUGAGCUAUGAUAAUUCAUAUACGGUUCUUUUUUCUGUCAGCUAUUCACUGUCAUGCAAUAGUAGUUAAAGGCAUUAAAGAUACAGCAAGCUUUUAAAGUACUAUUUUCUAAAAGAAAUAGGAGAGAUUUUCAUCUUUAUUAUUGUACCUUUGGUUAUACAAACACUUUGAUGAUAUAAACGUUUAUGUCCCCUAUAAAUCUGGUCAGAAAUCACUUUUGAUUUUGUUGGUUAAGUUAAAUAGUCAGUGGUAGGAUAGAGUACUGGGUACACGUGGUCCAAAGUAAGGUAAAAGACUACAAUAAAUUGCUAGAUCUUAAAAAGAAACUGGUUUAUGCACUAAACGUUUUGUGCCUUGGUCUAAUAUUAACACGAUGUCUGUGUGAAAUGGCAAAAAGAACCAGUGUCGAAUCACGUUCUAUUUUCCAUCAUUUUGCAUUAUCCCAGAUUGCUAAUGUGUUCUUUCCAAGAGAUUUGAUUGAAUUACUCUAUACAUUUACUGUCAGGCAUGACAGUUUUGUCAUUGUUAGAGAUUUCAGUAAUUAAAAUGGGCAACAGAAGCUUAAGUUAUUUUCCUUCUCAAAACUGUGUUCCUUGGAGCCACUUUAUUCCGAUGGUGUUCGUGCUCUUGUUCAUUGGAUGUCUUAAGCUCAGUGCAGUUUAGGGAUCCUUUCUAAUGACAGGAAGGUACUCCUUUCCUCAACACUGUGAUCUGACCUGUGACAAAUCUGUACUAUACACUCUGUCAAUGGCUAACCGGUCAAUUGCAAACCAACUGAAUGUACAAACCUUAGUGCUGGUGCUGAAAUCUCUUGAGAACAGUCAUCACGAUUUCAAAGUUUGUUUUGAAAUUUGCAAGCAUCAAGUGUCAAUCAAAACUGAAGAUGAAACACUAAUGAAUGUCGAAUUCUCAUGCUUUAGGUGUACUUCCUUUUUAGAUUUUCGGUUCUCUGCUAUUUUUACCGCACUGUUUCAUUUAAAUUUCCUACACGCUAACUUCGUUUGUGCGAUUGAAAUAAAAUUGCAGUAUAUACA